AUGGUACAAAGUUUGUUUGAAGCUGCCGUCUGCAAACUUUUCCCGACAACCCUUAAGGGGCCAGCAACAAUCUGGUACCAAUGUCUGAAAGAAGGCUCUAUCCAAAGUUUCGACGAGCUAGCAAGAGCUUUCCGAACUCAUUUCACACAGAGCAUAAAACGAAAGAAGAAGUCCAGUGAUCUCAAACUUUGCUAUCAGAAACCCGGAGAAAGCUUGCGGAGUUAUAUCGGCAGAUUUAACGCGGAGGCUGUCGAAGUAGGAAACCUGAAUGAUGAUACCUGCAAACUUACUCUCGGCUCAUGGACCGAGCCUGGAAUUACAUCAAUUUGGAUGAAAGAGCAACGAAUGAAAGCCACACAGACAACAACACAGUUUGAAACGCAGAGACCAAAUUUCAGUCAGACGGUCAGGCAAGACAGAUUCAGGCCAAGAGAUCAACGGCAACCCGUUCCACCGCGAAUGGAACUACACCGACCAGUAAAGGUAGAAGACCAAGCCUUUAUUCCACUCAACACCCCGAGAUCACACAUCCUAAUGUGGAUUCAAAUUAAUAAUGAACUAGUAAGAUACCCACCAAAGUUGCAGUAUGAGGGGGACGGAAAGAAAUAUUGCCAAUUUUACGAUGGUCACGGCCACGUCACUAAUGAGUGUGGAAGUAUAAAGAAAGAAAUAGAUCGACUAGUGCAAGUCGGCCGCUUAAAAGACUUUGUAGCAUAG